CACCUAUUGAAUAAAAGGCAAAUCAACGAUGUUGCUAAAGCUCAUCAAACUGGUAAAGGCAUACACAUCUCAGCACCUAAGACACAAUCAGGUGGUUUUCUUGGAACAUUACUUGCAAGCAUUGGAGUUCCUCUGGUACUUGAUAUGGUUAAGAAAAUGACAGGUAGUGGUGGUCCACAAAUAGGAGCUCCUCCUCCACCUAAAAGAGGUAGGGGUGGUCCACAAAUUGGUGCACCUCCUCCACCUAAAAGAGGUAGGGUGGUCCUCAAAUUGGUGCUCCUCCACCUUUUUUUGGAAAUUGGCCUGGUUAUUCUGUUGGUAGAGGUAAAAAAAAAACGUUGGGAGAGGGAAUCCUCUUCGGAAAAAACAGCCCAUUCAAUGGGGUUCCUCUGUUACGAGCGAUGUUAUAAGUCAUAAUCCUAAAUUCCACUAUAAUAUUCCAAUGAGCAAUCAUGAUUUAAUUGAAUGGUGCCAAUACUUAAAUAUACUCAUUAAUAAUGUAUUAUCAAGAGAUCAAAAAGUUCCUCACAAUCAUAAAUUGGGUUUAUUUAUAUACAAUCUUCAAUAUACAAUAAUCAAUCCACAUAUGUAAAAGACAAUACCAUUAAUAAUUUCGAUAGUUUUGGUAUGCCUCCUUUCACGAAUUAGUAAAUCGUGCUGAAAAGAAGAAUUUGACUUUGCCUCAUCAGAAUAAUCAGAUACAAGAUUUAUACACAACAAAAUGUGACAGAAUAUUUGUGUUUGACUUUAACAAUACAAAGCAUAACAGAAAAUUUAUAUCUAAAUAUUUUAAUAUUGUGUAAAAAUAUAAUGAAGAGUUCCAGGUAGCGAAACCUAUGUUACUACUAAAAACAACCGUAAGAUGAUGAAAUGCAAGUGUGCUGAAUGCGGAAUAACUAAAUGUAAAUUUAUAUAAAAAGAAUAAAACAUAUAAUAUAAGAUGAAGAGCUACAGCGAAAAACGAAAAAAGCAGACUGAAUGUGUUCCUGGUAGUGAAAUAUACAUCACGACUAAAAACAAUAGAAAAAUGAUGAAAUGCAAAUGUGCUGAAUGCAGAAUAACUAAGUCUAAAUUUAUAAGCAACAAAACCGGUGGUUCGAUUGAUAUUCAUAAAGCUAUUGGAAAACUGUCAAAACCAAAAGGUGGGUGGACAUUGCCAGGUCAUAAAUAUACUAGGCCCUAUAAUGAUUUAGAUUCACAAGUUAAAUUUGACUCUAAUACUGGUGAAAUACUUGCGAUAUAUGAUAAACCAACCGGCGCAACUGAUGCUAUUGCAAUGCAACAUGAUGUUCAUUUUAGUGUCUGUGGUGAUAAUAAAAAAUGUAAAAAUAUAGCUGACAGAAAAAUGGUUAUAUCUCUGGAUGCAGUUCCAUGGAAUGAGCGGCAAUGGGGCCAUUGGCUUGCUGGGAACAUGAUUAAUACUAAACAAAAACUUGGGCUAGGAGUUAAAAAACGACUGGCAAGAGCAAUAUGCAGAUGAAUUACAUAAACCAAUAGAGCGUCAUUUUUCUCGUCGUCGAGUUAUUGUUAAUCAUAUCGAUGGAAUAUGGUGUGGCGAUUUGAUUGAAAUGCAAAAGUAUAGCAAAUGGAAUAAAGGUUAUAAGUACCUACUUAUGGUAUUAGACACAUUUAGUAAAUACGGUUGGAUUAAGCCAUUACGAGAUAAACGAGGUGAAGCAGUAACCCAAGCAUUUAAUGAAAUAUUCCUAGACGGUAGAAAACCGCAAUAUUUAUGGGUGGACAAAGAAAAAGAAUUUUACAAUAAAAAUAUGCAAGAUCUCUUGCAAAAAUAUGAUGUUCACAUGUAUUCAACACAUAAUGAAGAAAUGUCAUCAAUUUGUGAAAGAUGGAAUAGAACUAUCGAAAAAA